AUGGAGACCGCGGAGGCAGGCACUCCUACGGACAUUACGGCGGCGGGUACCGUCAACACGGCGGCAGCCAUGAUCGCCACCGAGACAGCUACAACAGACAUGGACAGCGCCACGGUGACCACCGCUACAACAGAUACCACGGCAACCACCACGGCAGACAUCACUAUGGUGGUUAUGGUGGCCGCCACCACGGUUCCGAACGAUACGGAGGUUAUGGAAGGCACGGAGGAAGUUACGGCGGUAGCAAAUACAGAAACAGGGGCCACCGAAGUCAUGGCUAUAAGAAUGUCUAUCACAAGGAGGAGUACGCGGACCACAAGACAUACUAUGACGACUACCAUGAAGGCGACCGCCAAAACUAUUACAACAAUCAUCACAACUACCGGGACCACCACGGAGGUAGGGAGCGCUACGGGCACCACUACAGGGGCUACGAAGGGAAACACAGGCACGGAGACAAUUACCAUCGCCACGUUGGAGGUUACCACAGCAGUCACAGAGACUCACAUGGAAACCAUGGGCAUUACCAUGGCAGGAACGGUCACGGAUACAAGAGUGGCGGGGGCGUUCAACAUAUGGGUGGUCGAGGGUACUACGAGCAUCCAGGCCAAUACGAAUCCCACGCACAGGCUUCCAACAGGGCGCUCUUCUACUUCACCGGGCGCAGUGACGAGAAGUGUGCAAGUGCUCCUGGGCGCAUCGCUGCGCCGUGAGAACUGCUGGGAUCCCAACCGGUUUCUCUCUGUAGAUGCUGCUGGCUUUCAGCUGCAGAGAAAGUGA